AUGGCACGGCGUCGGCGCGGCGGCACGGUCGACUCUGGGCGUUCGAAGCGCGCAACGCCCCGGCACCUGGACCUAGGGGACAUUCAGUGCGGGCGGGACGGCCCCCUGGCCAGCAUCAUCCGUGGGCUGCCUGUGGAGGCACGCGCGGCGCUGGCGGCGACGUCGUCGGCGAUGAUGGCCGCGGUGCUGGAGAGCUGCGACGGCGCGAGGUGGUGGUCGGGCGAAGUGACUCGGGGGGGCGCCGUGGGGCAGAUGGUGGGGCGGCGGCUGGAAGGGAAGGUGUCGGAGGGAGCGAGCUCGCUGGUCGGGUGGACGACGACGCAUCGCGGCCCGUGGAUGCUGUUUCGCUACGCGGCCGCGCACGACAUGGGCGCGCCGUCCGAGGUGGCGUGCGUCGAGGCGGGACGUCGGCGCGUCACGGGACGGACGUACUUCGCGGAGCCGAUCCAGCGCGGCCUGAAGUCGGCCCCGGUGGUGACGGCGGACAUGACGGGCCUGCAGUGCAUUGACGUUACGAUGUUCCGGCUGGACUUUGUGGGCCUGUGGGGGCGGGAUUGGCUGCCUGCGGGCGUAGCGGCGGGCAUCAGGGAGCUCAGGGUGAGCUGCACGAGGCUGAGGCGCGUGCCUGAGGGCUUGACGUCGCUUGAGGUCCUCGACGUCAGCGAGUGCCAUUUCCUCGAGGACGACACGUUCCUGCCGGCGUCGAGCGCAGCGAAAGUACGAGUGCUCCUUGCGCGAGGCUCCAUGGUGCGGAGGAUCCCCGAGGGCAUGACGGCGCUCGAAGAGUUCGAGUUGACGAACUGCAGGAAUCUGGACGAGCUGUGCCUCCCGGCGUCAUCUGCCUUGGGGCUGCAGGUGCUGAAUGCCUCCUUCAGCAGACUCCGAAGACUACCGGCGGGAAUGCAGGCGCUGCGAGAGCUGAAUAUGGCCGGAUGCUUACAGCUAGAGGUUGCGCCAAGUGGCGCUGCGGAGCUGCGCGUGCUGAUCGCAUGGGGCUCCGGAAUACGGGCCGUGCCGGAGGGUCUGACGGCUCUGGAGUAUCUCGACGUGAGGUACUGCGAGUCGCUGGACGUCAGCUCCUUGCGCAAUGCGGCCACAGUGCGCGUGCUGUGCGUCAACAGCGCCGCGCUGCACAGGCUUCCGGAGGAGCUGACGGCGCUUCAGGAGCUGGCCUUGGACGGAUUCCCGGGGAAUUUCACGGAGGAUCUCAUUCCGGGGUCGAUCGCCGCGAGGCUGGUGGGGCUGAAUGUCAGCAAGUGCAAGACGUUGUGGAGGCUGCCGGCGGGGCUCACGGCGCUGGAGAGGCUUGACGUCAGCUUUUGCCAGCAGCUGGAUGGCGAGUCUUUUCUGCCUGCGUCGUGCACUGCACGGCUUCGAUGGCUGAGGGCCGCAGAGAGCAACGUAGCGUGGCUGCCGAUAGGCAUGCACGCGCUCGAGGAGCUCGACGUAUUCAAUGCGCGCGAUCUGGAGGACACGCUGGAGCUGAGCGUCGCGCUGCGUCUGCGUCGGCGGGACUUUCGCGGGACGGGGCUGGUUCUGCCAGCUGGUAUGCCAAUUAUUGGCAUACGUGUUUGA